AUGUAUGACCGUGCUCCCCGCGUGCUCAGGUUGGCCCAGCGUGGCUGCACUGAGGCGCACGUGGGUCCGGGGUCCUACCAGGUACCUUUCCCUGAGAGGGCCAAAGGUUCCUAUGCACCAUUUCUGUCUUUAAGUUCCAGAAAAAGUACAUAUGUUGUUGGAAAAGGAGCUCCAGGUCCAGCACACUACAAUAUAUCGGAAGCACAGUAUAAAAUAAAAGGAGGCCAUAGUCUGCAAUACCAAGAGGAGCGGUUUAAGAAGUUUGCUUCGGAUAGUCCAGGACCUGCAAGCUACAAUCAGCCUCCUCCUGGGACAUUGUGUACUGUGAGAAGACAGAAAAUUUCUAGAACACGUGCAGUUUCCAGAAGCAUUUAUGUUCCUUCAAUUCCCUCUUCCGGAAAGUCGCAUGGCUAUCACCUCAAUGACGAUGACAGUAUUAUGCAACGCACGCCACCUUCUAGUGAUGACACAAUAGGCCCAGCAUACUACAAUCCUCAAUUUGAUUAUCCUAAGGAAAUCUUGAAAUAUAAAGGUAUAAAUUUUGCCAUUGGUACAGGAAGACAAGAAAUUAUCAAACAUUCAGGUCCUGGUCCUGGACAGUAUGAUAUCAUCCAGAAAAGGAGAAUAUGUUAUGAAAAUAUUAACAUCAAGAAAGAUGGACAGCAAAAAUGUAAAUUUAUUCCACGGCUUUAUGAAGAAUUAAUAUGUCAGGAGUUAAAAAAGAGAACACCAGGACCUGGAAAGUAUGAAAUUAAAAGUCAGUUUGAGAAGACAAAAUGUAUGACAGAAAAUAUGAAAAACACAGCUUCCACUUUCUUUUCUAUAUCAGAGAGAUUUGUACCAAUCAAAUCAAGUACCCCAGCUCCUGGCACAUAUGAAGAAAUAAGAACUUCUUUCAAGUUACCAAAUAAAAAGUCAGGACUGAAUUCAUCAUUUGGUCAAACUGCUACCCGAUUCAAACAGGACUCCAAGGCACAGGAAAUGCCAGGUCCUGGGUGUUACGAUAUCUCAGGCAACAUUGUAAUCGCCAAGGUACAAAAGGCCUUGAAGAAAUCAAAGAAAACUGGAUUUGGCUCUUCUGUCCCUCAACGUUUUAUCACAGUUAAGAAAGAGGUUGCCAGUAGUCCUGGGCCUUGUCAUUAUCAGGUUGGUGGAAUUUCUGAUGAACUACCUGACUUGACCAAUCGUAAUGCUGCUUUCUUGUCAAGAACAGAAAGGGUGGUAUUCGCACCAGGCACGUUCAUACCAGCUCCUGGCAGCUAUGAUGUUCAGGAAUCAUAUGAUAAGUCCCAAGUUAAACAUAAGUACAUGCCACCUCGCACUUCAGUGGCUAGAAAGAAACAUUCCUCCUUCCUGAGUACAGCUCCUCGGUGCGUGGAAAAAAUCGAUGAUGGACCAGGACCUGCAGCAUACAGCCCUGUUAUAAGGAGGUCUUGUGCCAUAAUCUCAUUUAUUAAAGGACCAAAACGUUUUGGACAAAUUCCUGAGAGGUCUCCUGGCCCAACGACAUAUGAGCUCAGUCCAUUUUUAAGACACACUGUUCUGAAGAAAACAUACAAUGUCACUCUGCCAUGGUCAUCUUCUGCUAAGAGAGAAAAAAAGACAGGCCUUCCCUUCCGAAAAAAGGAGAAAGAAAAUCGAGGAAAUAACGUAGAAUAUCCUAACUGGUGA